GAGUAAUGAUAAUGAUUAUAACAAUCAACAUUUGAAUCAAAUUUAAAGGUUAACAAAGCAUUUUAUCUCAUUCAUGUAACAUUUCUGAGGCUCAGACAUGGGACUCUCUUUCUCUCCUGUACAGCAUCAGAGAGCUCCUACUUGAAGGUUUUCAACCUCAAAUUCACCAUCCUCAACCUGUUCUACACAACAGACAUGGGUCAAAGGGGCUCCAGCAAAUUCAACUCCAUUGAGGAUGUCCUGCAACCUCUGAUCAACAACUUGUUUAGAAAAAGCAGCUUUGGCCCUCACUAUUUUGGAUGCAGGCUGACUUUGUUAAGGUCUAUGAAGAAUAGGAUAGCAACAGGAGUGGAUGUCGAAUGUGCUUAUCAAGAAGAUUCCUCCACCCCUGUCCUGGAUCGAGAGAAGAUUUACUGGGAGCUGAGUGAACAGACCCAUGGAAAAACAAGGCUGGGACCCUACAUUCUACAUAAGGAAAGCCUUUAUGUGGAUGGGUAUACCCAUCAGAUACCAACCACCACCACAAACACCUGGAGACCCAGUCUAGAGGCUUUCACCCUGAACUUCACCAUCACCAACCUGCUGUACACAGAAGACAUGGGGCAGAAGGAUUCCAUCAAAUUCAAGUCUACUGAAAAGAUUCUUCAGAACAUGCUUGGCCCUUUGUUUGAGAACAGCAGCCUUGGCUCCAGUUAUUCCAGGUGCAAACUGACUUUCCUAAGGUGA